AUGUCUUCCAAGUCUUCCAGGCCCCCUUCCUUCUCCCAACGCAGACUCAGCAGGACAAGUCUUCACAGCAAUAGGAGUCUGGAACAACUGGAAGAUAACAAUAACGGGCUGGGCAACCUGGCCGAUGAGCUGGGCCAAGCCUGGGACGGAGACGACGACGACGACGACCAGGGAGAACAAUCCAAUUUCCUCGAGGGACUAAGAGAGGGUAUUGCAGAGCAGGACUCGUCAAUGCGUGGUUUACACAGCCCUUACGGAAUGAAUGACAUGCACGACUUUGGCUUUGGCAUGGUGAUGCAAAGCCCACACCCGGCCCAACUCGACGGACCGUCACCUACGUUACACGUUCCGCAGACACGUCGCGAUUCCGAUCCCCGAGGCAGCAGGAAAUCCGGACACCAGAGACAUGAAUCCGCGUAUGAUGGCUCCGAUUAUGGACCAGAUUCAGAUCUUGAGCAGCCCGAUGAUUGCCUGCCCCCCAUCAUGCGGAAACGUAUACGCGACCUCGAAAAUCUGACUCGGCUCUGCAUCAACCCCGAGGAUGCGGUGAGUGAAGGUGGAGGCACGGUUCGUAGAACCAUACACGGAUUGAAAGAGCUUGGUCCGCAGGGCAAUAUUGAAUAUGGUGUGACUCGGCUGAUUACGGCGUAUACCUCGAUGGCAUCUCAUCGGACGAAUAAAACUAGGGAUCUCUUUACACAAAGCCAUUCUCUUUUAUAUGGCGGGCUAUUGAAUCUUCCCGAAGAAACGCUCGACUUGCUACUCGACGAGGUGAACGAACUUAUUCUUACUAUACCCUUCCUCCGUCAGCAGAACCCUCUGCUCUCCCUUCAGAUACUGGCAUCGCAGACGGAUGAGCUGGGCCAAACGCUACGUUCCAUCACAGACUUGCUACAAGAAUUCAAGUUGGCAGCCAACACUGCAAGUCGCAAGCUCAAGACGGUGCGAGAUCAGGUGGACGACAUGAGCAUUGAAGAGGAACUCGUCGAGAACAGCAUCAUGCUGAUCCAGGCCGGGGACUGGGAUCGAAGGUGCAGAACUAGACAAGCGGCCAGGACCUGCCAGGAGAUAUGUGAAGGGUUUGCGACCCGCUGGGGACUCGAAUUCGAUGCCAACCUAGCUGAAAGGCAAGAACAUGUCAAGUCGAGACCCUCGUUACAAGUGAUGGUGUCAGGUUAA